AUGCCUAGUUCAGCGAGCGGCGGUGACCUUCUUGAGAAGAAGAUUAUUUCCAAACAGAGGACAAGCGGAGCAGAAACAGAGUAUCCGAAUAUAUCUUUGAUCAAAUAUACCACAACAACAAAGAGUUCACCGGAGAAACCACAGUCUCCUGAACGGGAAAGAUUUCCUAAUUUUUGGAGGAAGCUCACACGUAGCUUUGGGAGUAAUACGACUGACUCCCCUCAUAAUUCGAAAUUAAGAACACCUACACGUGCAAGAGCACCUAACACUACUGGCAGCGCAAGUUUUGAAAGAAGUAAUGGUGUAACGCCUACACAUGAGCACCGCGAUCGAACAUCCUCUGCAAGGAAGCAACAGAAAUUGCCAACAUCAAAUUCCGCUAAGUCCCCCGGUCAUGUCUCGUCACCUCAAGUUGGAAAGACAACAACAGCGCUUCUGGUUCCAGUGAACGCUAACCGGGAUCAAUCUCCAAAUACAAGAUCAAAGCUGUCGCGGCAGCGUGAUUCAACAGGGAAGGAACCUCUAACAACAAUGGGGCCGUCGAGAGAUUCAGGUAGAAUAGUGAAAAAUACUACUCCAGCAGUUACAAAACCUCCUUUGAUAGCAGUUCCACUCGAUCAACGAGUUGGCCAUCCUCAGAAAAAGAAGGCGCGCGGUUCUUUCCUAGCUCAAGCCAGGAGUUCGGUCAGUAGAUCCGCGAGACCUUGGUCUUUUACAGCCCAAGAAACAUACAACGCUGCUCCGUUGUCUGACACGCCAACAGGGACACGUCCUGUUUCUGAAAAUCCACCUACAACAACUACUCAAAUAGAGAAGCCUACCAACCAGAAUACAACUUCUCCUACACCUGCAUCUAGUAAACCGGAUACCGUUAUCAACGUGAAAUCCGCAGUAACGAAAGAUCAACAAGAUAAAUCAUCAAGUUUGAACAGUGGUGCUAAGAAAUCAAAUACUGAGACUCCAAAAGAUGGCGGAUCAAAGCAUACUGAUGAUAGAAUCAAUAACGAUAUUGCCAAAAAAAUACCUACAAGCGCAACCACCGAAACGGCUAUCCCAACUGAUGUAGUAACAUCCAUACCUUCUCAGAAUGAUAAUAACGUACCUGAGUUUACUCAAACAUCAAUAUUUCAGAAUACGAGUUCUGAAGAAUCCAACAACACUACUGAACGCCCAGUUACCGUUGAUACUUUUAAACGAAUGGACAUAGCCUCUUUAGUUUCAAGCUCUAAACUACAAAGAGAGGUCUCUAGCGGUUCAGAUAGAAAAACUACGGCAAACAACAACACUAAACAUGCUGCAAAAAACCGUGAACGUAUGAAUAAUACCGGGAGACUAUCCGAAGAGUCAAGCGCACGGUCCUCCCAGAUUGUAAGGUCUCUUGACUUUCAUUCCACUACCUCCGAGAACUUGAAGCCAGCAGAAUUUUAUAACGGUAUAUCGCAAUCCACGCAGGUUGGCACACCUACUACGGUUAUCCCUGGAAACGAUGUUUUACAAGCUGAUUCAGCGGAAGGUUCAGAGGAAAUACCCCUCACGCAGCCUCUCACACAGACACCAAUUGAACAAACUACAAAUAAAAACGAUCUUGUACCAACACAAGAGACAAAUAGUCAAUCACCAAGUAUUGUUGCCGAACUCCAACCCGAAGAUCCACAUUCCUCUACGUCAACAUCCAAUAAUUCGAAACGUAACUUUGACGAAUCGGACCUCCCCAAUGAGCCAAACCCAAUUCGUUCCAAAAGAAGAACAGAAACAUUAAGCAUACCAGUUGGACUGGUAGCAGAAAGUAUUCCAGCUGAACCGGCAGCAGUAAACAUACCUAAAGGAUCGGCAAAAGUAAACAUACGAAAGGGGACGGCAACAGGAAGUAUACCAAUGGAAUCGGCAGCACAGGCCCUGCCCAAGGGACCAGAAAACGCAACCAUAUCUAAAUCACCAACACCACCAAACAUGCAGAAGAGACAGGAAGCAAUCUCUGCCACUGCCGGUCCUACAAUACAACAUUUAACAAGUUCGAUUGAGAAAUUGGCUACGUCAACGGGACCGGCUUCACACGCCUUGCAACAUACUACCCCCGUAGACCAAAGUAAUAUCGAACCAGCCCAUGGUAUGAUUAGUGAUAAAAACCUUGUACCCUCAGUGGAAUAUCAAGGACAACAACACGGACAAUCUCCCGAAUCUCUAAGGAUUCAGAAUGUUACACCGAAUGUCUUUACACAGAAAUCUGUUGAUGGAAAUAUCGAGUACACGCAUGCCGUCCUAUCUGAGGGCAUCGCCAAACAACCUGAUUUUGUUUCUGCAAAUUCAAUGGAAACGAAGUCUGCUCAGAACAAAGCCCAUAUAGAAAGACAAAACGACUCGGUCUUGAAAACUGAAAAAAACGUACUGCCUGGAUUGGGGAGAAAUAGUCUAGAACCAUCAGUCCAACCUGUUGUCCAAACAAACCAUCCUAACUUUGUAUCAAGUCAACCAGGACAAACAUCUGUCACAGGAAGUUCCGAAAAUAGCGGUGCAAGUAAGAUGCAUACUUCGGUGAUUUAUGUGUCUGGAGAAAGGAGGAGCAACAUCAAGAAUGUGUCUUCAUCAGAUGGCGAAGGUCCUAAAGACAAAAUGGAGAUUAUUAACAUAUCCACUUCUGAAGCUGAAUCUGAGGAUGAAGUUGACGAUGGAGAGAUGACUGAGAUCGAAGAAACGUAUCAUGGUAAUAUACCGACUGCGAAUGAUGGUCCCUUAACCCCACUCAUACCUGAUUUGGAAUCGUCACACCAUGGAAGUGGAAUAGAAUAUCCUGACUGGAGAAGAAAAUGGUUAGUGGAUAAUAGACAACUUGUAAACUCUGCGUCCCGUAUUUUGAAAAAUCACCAGUCCUGUUCCAAAAAUACGGUAGCGGAAUUGAUAAUGCCAGCUAUCGCUCCCCAUACUCCGUUUACAUCCAACACUGUUGUUACUGUGACAAACAAUAUUUGUACAGCCCAAAAUUAUGAGAGUUCAGAUGCUCUAUUUUAUCAACAACUGUCAACCAGAAAUGGGGACGAGCUCACGUACUUGCCCCUAGAUACCGAGUUAACUCCCGAAUAUAGAAAGGAAAAGCGGUCACUAAAAGCUGGUGAUAUUCCAAAAGGUGAGAUGUUACCAACUCUCCAAGAGAUAAGCAACAGAGCACAGCAGAUUGCAAAGGAGAUAAACGAGCUCCCCAAACACUUUGCAUCAAAAUUGUCUAAUAAUUCUGAGGAUGUUGCCAUUCCAAGUAAACCUGAAAACGAGAAAAAAGAUUUCACCGGAAUGCCUCCGUUGGGAGUAGGAAAACAGGACGACGUGGGUGAAAAUAAUAAUAAGAAUAAAAAUCCCGCCACGAGCAAUGCUCUUGGGAAUUGUACGAAGGUAUCACCUGACAUAAAGAGCAACGACCAGGAUGUGAAAAAUAUAGAGGAAUCAAUUGGACAGAAAAAGGAACCUUUACAUGCCACUGGAGCAGAGAUCUCCGGUACCUCCGCUCCACAAACAAGAGGGAAACAUUUGUCAUCCAGAGAAGUGUGGAAACAGGAGUGGUGGCUAAAUCUUAAAGGUUGCAACGUUUAUUUGGGCCUGAGAUUCUCAAAUGAGGGUGCCACAGAAGCACAAAAAGAAAAUGACAGAAUAACUGAGAAGAUUCACUACGUUUUCAAAAAUAUUUUUGGUUCAGAAACCCAUAGCGAGAUUAACGAUUCAAUCGAUAUUGCAAUAUUUGAAGAAAAAGAAGAAGAAGAGAAAAUAUCGAACUCAGUUUACAAACAACUUGAAAGAUUAUCACUUAAACCGCCAGAGGAAAAAAGGAUUCGACUUUGGGACCGUUCGAAAACUUUGAAGUUUAUCAAGAAUAUGGGGAUUGAUAUUAAUACAAUAAAAGACGAACAACCAACUAAAUCAGAAAAUAAAACAAUCUGUAAUGGUACCACUCCUGAAAACGCCAAGACAACAGUCACACCUCAACCUAAAGAACCUGAAAAUGACAAGAUAGCAGUUACACCUCAACCUAAAGAAAAUGAAAAUGAUAUUGCGUCCCCUCAAGACUUUGAAACGAUGAAUCAACUAGAACAAUCACCGGAACCAAGUGCUAAUCAAGACACUAAACAAGAAAAUACGAAAAGGAAUUCAUCAGAGUACAAACCAUUUUUGGGUACUAAAGAAUUUGAACCUGCUGCUACAGAGCACUCUCGAUCGGAACCUUAUGUUGAAAAAUUUGCGCGUAGUGCCGCACCAUCGGCAGACUUAACGUCGACUACUAGAACGACGAGUCUCGGCCUCAAGUCAGUCAGCGCUAUCGAAACAGAUUUUGACAAUUCAGAUCAGGGUAAAAAGAAGGAUCAAGAGACUGAAGAUGAACGUAGAGGGCGCACGAAACAUUUUCUCAAUUCUGGAUAUUCAGAAAAUUUGGAAAAGGCCAUGGAAAUCAUCAGUACUUUGAGUGGGCAAUUAAUGAAAAAGGAGCUAAAGAUUAUUACAUUACAGGCACUUUUAGAGAGCAGCCAAACAGAUUUAUCUAAAAGGGAAAAGGAUUUCGAAGAGUUGAAAUCAAGGGUUAUAACACAAGAACUGCAACACUUAUAUCUUACUGAAAAGCUAAAAAAUAACGGUAGAAGUUCGGGUCAUGAUAAAAAUUAA